AUGUUUUCCGUGAUGGGAAUGUACCCAGUGGGCUACUACGAUCUAAGUCUUGCUGGCUUCCCAAUGCAUGCAACCGCAUUUCGACCGAGAUCUCAAGACGCCCUGUCUCAACAUCCUUUUCGUGUAUUCACCACAGUCUUGCGAAUGGAUUUGUUGACGGAGAAGACGUGGGAGCUAGCUCAACGGGCGUUGAAACAGAGAAACAUUUUCACCCCGCGACUUCUUGAGAUCUUGGAUAUGGUCGAUGAGAAGGGAACCUUGACACCAGCAGAAUGUUCCGAAUUUAUUGAGAAUGGUCUGGAGACUUUCCGCUGGCAUUCGAAAGCAACAGUCACUCUCGAUGAAUACAUGCUUUUGAAAGCUGAACACCCCUUGAUUGCCGAUAUUGUCUCCUUUCCCAGUUCUCACAUCAACCAUCUCACUCCGCGUACCAUCGAUAUUGACUUAGUACAGCAGUUGAUGCGAGACCAUGGCAUGCCCGCCAAGGAACGUAUCGAGGGCCCUCCGAAGCGGAAUUGCCCCAUCCUUUUACGACAGACUAGCUUCAAGGCUUUGGAGGAAACAGUCUACUUCCGGGAUCAAUCCAACACCUUUGUGAGAGGAUCCCAUACCGCCCGAUUCGGCGAGGUGGAACAAAGGGGAUACGCCUUAACGCGGGCAGGACGACAGCUCUAUGACAAAAUCCUGGACCAAGUCAAUGCAGAAGCCGAAAAGCUCAACUUGAAGGGCAAUGACUACGACAACACUUUAGAAAGCCACUUCAAAGCAUUCCCCGACACUCUGUCAGAGCUACGCGAACAGAACUUGGCAUAUUUCUGCUAUCAGCUGACGCCAGCUGGCGAGCGGAUGGCAAAAGAUGACAUGACAAUAUCCAAAUUGGGAACUACUUCCGUCAGUCUUCAAGUUCUAUUGGACAAAAACAUCCUAAAAUAUGAACCCCUGACCUAUGAGGACUUUUUGCCCUUGUCGGCUGGGGGCAUCUUCAACUCGAACCUGGGCAACGUCUCUCAGUCUAAGCAGCUCAUUAUAAGCGCAGAGCCUGAUCUCGAUGGGUUUCAGCGCGCAUUAGGAACACACGUUGCGGACGAAUUCCAUCUCUAUGCUCAGAUGCAGCGGGAGUCACUCUUGCAUUGUAAACUGCAUUUGGGAUUGGAGGAUAUCAUCGUAGAGUGA